CAGUUUGAUUAAUCAGCUGUGUUUGCUAGGGAUGGAGAAAAAGUGUGACAUCAAUCAGGCUCCUGAGGACUGGGGUUCCCACCCCUGCUGUAGAUGUCACGUCAUUGUUGGUAAUCAGGCCAUCAAGCCUACUACUGUUGUGUAGUACAGUAUUUAAAUUCUCUCAUUAAAAAAAUCUGCACUAAUCCAUCAACACACGGUUCAUUUGUACGUUUACAUAUAAUAUUACACUUCGAUUAAACCCCCCCCCCAAAAAAAUUGUUUUAUUUUUAUUAUCACCUGCGUUACCCACUCCAAUCAGCAGAUGGCGAUGUGCAUAUUUUAGGCGAUGCUGCCAGUGUGACGUCUAAUGUAGCGGACGGGACACUUCUUCAACAGGAACAACAGUUAGUCGGCCACCUCCGUAGCCGAAAACAUUAAAUGUUUUUAGGCUGUUUUGAUGUACAUUAGUCACUGUGUUUUAAACAUACUUCUGUUUUGUCUACUUGCUGGUCCAUUUAAUGUAUUAUUUACGUUGUUUAUCAGGUAGCUGGCUUCCCAAAUUAGCUUUGCACUAGGCUAAUCGCUAAUGCUAAGUAGCUAGCUAGCUAACAUCCCCGACCAUGAGUUCACUAAACUACUCCACUCCUGCUAAAGAAGAGGGGGCCGUCACAGUUAAACAAGAAGUAGAGGAUGAGGCUUUUACAGUGAAAGAAGAAGAGAAAGAAGUUACAGUGACAGAAGAGAAAGAAGCUUUUGAAGUGAAAGAGGAGGAGGAUGUUACUGUUAAACAAGAGGAAGAAGGAGUUUUCGGAGUGAAGGAGGAGGGGGAGAUUACUGUCACGUUGAAAGAGGAGGAGGAAGGAGAGGAAGAGGGGCAGAUUACUUUCACGUUGAAAGAGGAGGGAGGAGGGGAAGAGGAGGGGCAGAUUACUUUCACGUUGAAAGAAGAGAAGGAGGAGGAAGAGGGGCAGAUUACUUUCACGUUGAAAGAAGAGGAGGAAGAGGAACAGAUUACUUUCAUGUUGAAAGAAGAGGAAGGAGAGGAAGAGGAGAUGGGAGACCUGAGUAACACCACAGGAGAGCGACCAGACUCUCACUCUGACAGCGGGGAGAGUCAUUCAGGGGAACCAGACCCAGAGACGUCCAAACCAGCGAGACGACACCACUGCUCCCAGUGUGGAAAAAGUUUUAACCGAUCACAACACCUAAAAUUACAUGAGAGAACACACACAGGAGAAAAGCCUUACCACUGUUUCCAGUGUGGAAAGAGUUUUAGUCAGUUAGGGAGCCUGAAAGGUCAUAAGAGAACACACACAGGAGAAAAGCCUUACCACUGUUCCCAGUGUGGAAAGAGUUUUAGUCAGUUAGGGAGCCUGAAAAGUCAUAAGCGAAUACACUCUGGAGAGAAGCCUUACCACUGCUCCAAAUGUGGAAAGACAUUUACAUGGUUAGUGGGCCUGAAAAUGCAUGAGAGGACACACACAGGAGAGAGGCCUUACCACUGUUCCCACUGUGGAAAGAGUUUUAGGUUGUUAGGGAUUCUGAAACUGCAUGAAAAAGCACACACACGAGAGAAGUCUUACCCCUGUUCCCAUUGUGGAAAGAGUUUUAGGUGGUUAGGGACCCUGAAAACGCAUGAACGAAUACACACACAAAAAAAGGAAAAGCUCUACCAAUGUUCGCUGUGUGGAAUGAGUUUUUCCCAGUUAGAAGCCUUGAAUAGGCAUGACAGGACACACACACGUGAGGAUAAGCCCUACCACUGCUCCCAGUGUGGAAAGAGAUUUAACUGGUUACGGCAGCUGAAUAAGCAUGAAAGAAUACAUACACAGGAGGAGAAGACAUACCACUGCUCUCAUUGUGGAAAGACAUUUUCCCAAUCAGAGGACCUGAAAUCACAUGAGAGAAUAGAGAGGCUGUGUUCUGAUUUGUGUUUUUGACUCAUAAUUUGUGUUUUUGUUUCAUCCUCAUGAAAUCAAAUUGUAUAUAUGAAACCAGAAUAAGGUUCCUGUUGUUGUUGUUUCAUUUAGAGACAUGAUCAUGUCUAAUAUCAGAUGUCUAUUGGGUUUUGAUGAUGAGCUUUGAUUGAUUGGAUACAAGUAUAAACCCUCUGUUGUUCAUCAUAUGCUUUUCAUAUUGCAAAAUGUACAUAGUUAUGUAAGUAAGUAGCUGUCACAUAGAGUAGGCCAGAAGGCUAAACUGGAAAACCUAACCUCUAUCAAAAUAAAAAAGAUGGCAGACCCGCAAA